AUGGCAGCCUGCACGAUAUGCAGCACUUGGAUCAGAGGUCCCGGAAAUCGAUGCACGCAACACCGCUACGUCAGAAAUAGAUACGAUGACUAUAACUACAGUAGUGACUCGACGAAUGCUCGCAGCGCCCGUCACAGUACGGGCACAGGCACUCGUCCACAUCGUUUCUCAAACAACCAGGACAUAUAUGGACAAUACGAUACCAGCAAUGCUCUCGUACGUCACAGAAUACACAGCAAUGCACACCGGUCCAGCUCUCAUCCCAAUGAGCUAGCAAAACCUCUUGUCCAUGUUUUCGAUAGAUUCAGCAACACGCAUGCCGUCGCAUCCGUGCAAUACUCAGCGAACCCAUCCUCUGGAAGUUACUCCAUCUCAGCCCAGGCAAAUCUCGAUCGCGAACAAUGCACCAACUGUCGUGAAUGGUUCCCAGAUGGUCUCAAGCUACAGUACCAUCAACAAGAGUUCCCAAUCGAAUGCGAGCAGUGCAACAUAUGUCUGAGGUACGAUAAUAUAGCAUACCAUGCAACGGACGUCAAACAUGAGAGGUGUUUCGUGAGAGGAUGUGAGAGUGAUUAUAGGACAGUGGGCAACUGGAGGCAUCGCUACGUCGAGAGACAUGUGUUGGGCAGGCACACACAACAGAGUUAUCAUUGA